AUGGUAAACGGCGGUGCUGACCUCGUUGGGAGCCCCUGGUUUUCACUUACAGGCUUAGAAUUUCUUGUUGUACAAAAGUACAUGAAAGAGGUUAGGCGUCUGGUCGCCAGUGAAGAACAGGGCGGAAUUGCUUCCGCUCUGAAACUUUUAGACGAAACUUUGCUCAUCUCUCCAAGUCUGGACCAGGCGCUUGAACUGAGGGCCAGGUUACUGCUGCAUCUGGGUCGGUUCAAGGAGGUAGCCGACAUGCUCGAGGACCACAUUCCGAGUGUGAAAAUGGUGAACGAGGACCCUGUUUCAGUCUCUUCUUCUUCUAGUAGCUCUUCCCAGAACCUUUCGAGGGAAGGAGUGAAACUCCUCUCGUCCCCUGAUUUGCCGGUCUGGUAUCCGAGUUUCAACUGCUCCCCCGUCUCCAACCUCAAGAAGAAGGUCAUGGCAGACAAAAUUUGUGUUGUUUGCAGAUAUUUGGUUCUGGGUGUAGCAUGCGGCCAUUUAGGCCUACUUGAAGAUGCGGUGUUUCUUCUCCAAAAAGGGAAACGCCUUGCCAGUGCGACGUUCCGGCAAGAGAGCUUGUGUGGGUCCGAUGACAGUGAAAGUGUCGCUCAGCUCCUCCACGGCAUCAAGUCCCUCAUCCGCCACCGCGCAGGUGCUCUCGCUGCUCUCAACUCUGGCCUCUACUCGGAGGCUAUCCGCUUAUUCUCGAAAAUCUUCAACGACCACCGCACUGCCCCACAAGCAUUCCUUGCAGAAUGCUACAUGCAGAGGGCCUCGGCAUAUUGUUCUGCAGGUCGUAUUGCAGAUUCCAUCGCGGAUUGUAACCGCACGCUGGUUCUCGACUGCAAUUGUAUCCAAGCCCUAGAAACCAGAGCGUCUCAUUUUGAAUCCAUUUGUUGCUGGCAGGAUUCUCUCCACGAUCUGGAACACGUGAAACUAUUGUACAACUUCAUCUUGCGAGAUAGUAAGCUUCCUGGUCCGUUGUGGAAGCGCUGCAAUGUGUGUUACAGGGAGAUUCCGGGGAAACUCUGCGCCCUCACCGUGAAGAUUCAAGAAAUGAGACAGAGGCUGGCUUCAGGGGAUAUUGGAAAUGUUGAUUACUAUGCAUUGUUCAGGGUGCGACGUGGGUGUUCUCUAUGGGAGCUGGAGGGGGCUUAUGUGUUGCUGAAUCAGCGGCACGACCCUACUAGAGCGACGGGAUUCAUUGACAGAUGCGAGCUUGUGGACAAACAUGAUGUUGCGUCAAUGAAGGUGAAAGCGAAAAUGUCAGCGUUCUUGUUGUAUAGGUUGAUUCAGAGUGGUUACACGAGCAUCAAGGGAACAAUUUUGGAAAAAUAA